AUGCUAGUGAUUCCAAUUUUGGGUCUCUACAUCUCACUGGCCCUCUGGGGCUCGCUCAUUCCAGUGCCUUGGGUGAGCGAGAUCUGGAUGGUGCCAUCCGUGAGACAGCUUCACGGCACCGUCCGUGCAACGGCCUGGUCUGUGAAAACGCUGGUGGGGGAUCUUACUGAUCUCGCCGCAUACGCCGUGCCUAGGCACAAGGUUCCGGUGUAUGUUCCAACAGUGUCCGUUCCCAAGAUUGCCUUUGGAUACCUCUGGAUGUUCACGGCCCCGACAAAUGACAGCAACGGCUAUUUCGAAGCGCCCGAGAUGGUCGGGUUCAGCCGGGUGAAGGAUUUCAUCCUGAUCCCGCCUGUGACCUCGUUGACGGCUGUGGAGAAGGUCGAGAUGUCGCUCAGCGUGGUCACCCCGCUGUGGGAGGAGACUGGCUUCGUGCCAGUAUCAAAAUCGCCCAUGACAUCUGCUGUCGUCGGUUUGGUCUUCACGGUUCUGGUUCUGGCUUUCACUUGGCUCCUUUGGAAGAAGAAGUUCGGCUUCUCCUUUGAUGCUUCCGCACUGGGAGUUGUCCUCGAAGAACUGGGUAGACUCCUCGAACCCUCACCCAAGGUGGCUCGUGUUGUCCUUGGGUCAGACGAGACGCCCUCCGUACUCGAUACGGUAGUGGCCUUGGUCGAACAGGCGGGAUACUCGUGCGAGGCCUAUUCCCUGCUCCUCGGCAUGGACGCUCCUACCGGCUCUGUGUCCUCUGAAACUCCACUGGAGGGAGAGGUGCUUGAUGUCUGGAUUCACCCUCGGGUGGAGGCAGCCAUCAUGCGUCUCGAACGACAGCGGGCAGUGGCAGUGGUUCCAGAACUGGAAUUUUGCAUCACCAAAGGGUGGACUGCCGGUCCCAGCGGUGCCGACGGAGCACUCACGGAGCGUGUUCUCCCGGCAUUCAAUGAUGCGCCCGACGACUAUCCUCUCGACCAUCUGCCCCAGCGUGUUCGUUGGGCACUCGUGCCCCGACGUCUGGAGACUCUGGCACACGACGUUGUGCUCCGACUCCUCUGGGCUUUGCUCACGAGUUGGGAGGGACAUAUCGCUGCCAUGGCGAUCCCUGUCCCGGUAGAGCAGCAGGUGGCCGCACCGGAGACCCCGCCGGACGAGGAGAAUGCCCCUCGUCGCAGACGGAAUCGUCCCAGCCAGGCUGCGCGGAGGCGCAAGGCGAAGAGGGCACUGGCAGAACAGCAGGAGGCCCUGAAGCAGAGCUCUGCGUAG